GAUCACGAUUGAAGGUCUGAUGUGAUCUGCUGUACGAUUUUGGGAUUGUAACCUGCCAGAAAACUAAAGAAGAAAGACGAAACGAUUCUGGUGACCUGGUUCACUGCUCUAAUUCAGUAACCGAGUUAAUGACACGGUUGCUGUAAUAUUCUGACAGAUACUGGUGGUGUAUGAACAUCUUAAAAAGCCUCAUAUUUGAGUGCUUCAUUGAUAUGUGGAGUGAUACUCCUGAAAGUGACUCUUUGGCUGGAGUUUGGAUCAUCCCACCUGUGCGUCAUAUCAGUCGCCUCUGCUUUGAAAGCUAGUCUGAUCUUAGUCUAAAAGGACGCAGAUGUUUCGAUGGAGGACCUGUAUCAACAAGCACUUUCGACGGUCCAGCCCUGUAGCUCAAGUGUUGCUUUUGUGUGUUUUAACCUUUGGAGUGAUACUGCCUAUAUGCUGUCACCGUUUACUGUACUCAUAUUAUUUUUUAAACACUCUGUAUCUUGAUUCGUUGAGCGAUGCAGCUCUACAAGAGAGCUACAACAGGGCUCAGGAGGCCCUGGGUUUCUGGGAGGGUGUGGACUCUAAAGAAAGCCUGAAGGACCCAGUGGAAAUGGUGGCUAAGAAACCGGAUCUCUUGGUCACUGUUGUGACAGCCAGCAGAACGGAGGGUAGGGACUAUCACUACCUGUUGCAGGUGACUCAACGGCUCGCGUCGCUCCUUAAAGCCUGCGGUGAUAAACCAUGUGCCGAGGUCAUGCUUUGUGAUGUCGAAAGUGGGCCUUCUUUGAACGAGGAUGCAUUGCUUCUGGAGAAACAGUUCCUAGUUGUUCGACGAUCUCCAGAUGAAAGGCGUAAGAUCAGAGAAGCUGUAAACAUCUUCGAGAAGGAGAAAAGAGAUUACGUUUACUGCCUAAGGAAGGGAUGGGACCUUAUGAGGCCAAAAAACGUCAUUGUCCUGGAGGAUGAUGCACUGCCAGGGACGGAUUUUUUUCCAUUGAUUAAAAACUUGCUCUCACGGAAGUUUGCUCGUAACACUCUGUACGUGAAGCUCUACCACCCAGAGCGUCUGCAGAGGUACUGGAAUCCGGAGCCGUUUCGCAUUCUGGAAUGGCUGGGACUUGGCAUGUUUGGUGCAACAAUCCUUCUCCUCAUAUUUUCCCACUGUACGUAUCUCUCUUUUACCCUCUCCUUUCCUCAUCUUCUCUUUCUGACUCUUUAUGUAAUGGCUGUGGUUGAGCUGGCAGGGAGGCACUAUCUAAUGGAGAUUAGACGCCUUUCCCCCCAACUGUAUGCCGUGUCACCUGCCACUGAAUGCUGUACUCCCGCUAUGCUCUUUCCGGGCAACGCUUCCAUUCGAGCAGCAGAGUACCUGGACCAGGUCGAAUGUGCUCAGGGUAAUGCAAAAGACAUGGUACUGUACAAGAUUGUCAGAUCGACACCAGGAGAGAGGGCUCACAGCGUUGAACCCAAUGCGAUCAAGCAUAUUGGAGCGUACUCCUCCGUCAGGUUCAAUCCCCUUCGACCCAGGUUAAUUUGAAAUUAGCACAUGCUCAUGAAGGACUUUAGCAUAAUAGCACAGAGCCUGGAUUAGGGCCUUUUGGCAGCAUAUCCGACCCUUUUCCAUAUACUCUCAUUCAUUUGGAUAUGAAUAACAAAACAGGAACUUGAUUAGCACUAUGAAGCACUGUACAUGUGACUGCUCAUUUAUGGCUGUUCCAGACACAGUUGCACUAAGCUUUCAAACCAAUUUCUUGGCCAAAGAGUCGAAUGUGGUCUUUUUUUUUUAAUUCACACUUUACAAUUUUAUAUAUAUAUAUUUGAGAUUAAAUGAAGGUUUAUUGUUGUUAUAUUAGGUAUUUACACACUGUAAAAUGUCUUGUUGUUUCAACUUAAAAAAGUAAGUUUUCAUGCUGCCUUAAAAUUUUAAGUUGUGUCAGCUUAAAGGAAUGUUCCGGUUUCAAUACAAGUUAAGCUCAAUCGACAGCAUUUGUGGCCCCAUUGACCUCCACUGUAAGUGCCUCACUGUAACACGGAUUUUUGCUUUUUUUAAGGAAAAGGAGGGACGAGUCUAAAGUACGUUUUGUGGUAAUCAACAUUAUGCCACAAAUGCUGUCCAUUGAGCUGAACUUGUAUUGAACCCAGAACAUUCCUUUAAGAGGGAACGUUUUUAAACAGAACAUAAAGUUUACUUAAAUCAGUGUAACUUGUCAAAUGAGUUUUUAGGUAAACUUGAUGUUCUUAGUUCAAUCAACUUUUUAAUUUAGUUCAAACUGAACAUAGAAGUUAUAUAAGUUUAAUAUAAUUGAUAACCCUAGAGGUAAUUAGGGCUAUACCAUUGUCAGAAGUAAAAUAAAUGGCCAAUUAAUAGUAAAUAACCAGUUGAAGAUCCGAGACCAACGUCUAAUCCAUUUAUCAUAUUCAAACUUUAGUGUGCCAAGGAGACACGCAUGGGCUCAUAUUACAAUGGUGGUGACAAUCAUCAAACACUUCAUUGAGUAAAAAGAUGAGCUCUGAAUUAUUACUACAUCACAAAUAACUGAAAGCAACAAACACAACAACCAACAGCAUAAAUUCAAGCAGCAAACAGUAAUACAACGAAAAGACAGUAACACUACGAUUUGCGUGAUUCAUUCAUGCCGCAGUGCAUGCUGGGAAUCCGAGCGUGAUAUGCGUAGUUCUCUUGACUUAUAUUUUUUAUUUCAAACUGAAUAGUUUUUAUAAGUUCAGUAACUUAUCACAAGUUCAGCAAACAACUUAAAUAAUUGAGUUGUCUCAACAAGAUGAAUUCAGGGCAGUUAUUCUAACUGUAUAUUUUAAGUUAUAACUAAAAAAGAAUUUUUUACAGUGCACUUGCUGGAGAUAUAAUCAUAUUUCACUGUUGACUUUAUGCAUAGCACAGCAGCAAUAAUAAUUCAACAGUUUGAGCAUGCUUUGAGAUGAUUAUAUUUGUCCAAAAACACGGUUUGAAUAAUGUUUUCGAAUCUUUUGGAAGAUUUUUGUGCUUGCUUUGGACCAUUGUCAUUUAGAGAGCUGUUUGUCUUGUAAAAUUAUUUUUAAUCAACAUUUAUCAAAAUGCAGAAAUGAAUGGAUCUGAGCCUUAUGUAUGACAAAAUUUGCACUCGUGUAUUCAGAUAUUUAGCAUUUUAAUUUGAAUUAAAUUGACCUAACCCAAAUGUUUUUGUCAGUCACACUACUUGUCUUUCAAAGAUAUUUUUUGUUUCAUUUUCAUCAUGACAAAAAACAUUAAAAGAUGCUUAUCUAUUUAUUCUUCAGAAUCUAUGGAUUUGAUAAAAAUCACUUGUAAAAAAAUAAAAAUAACAAUGUUUUCAA